AUGCCGACAAGACGUGGUAUUUUAUUGUCAGAUUCAUGGAGUAAUCUUUGUAGGAAAGAGGUCGACAGUCCAUGGUCAUGGAUUGUUUGCUGUUGUGCCACUAUCAUUGUCGGGCUGUUUUUUGGGAUGACGCUGAAUUUUGGAAUUCUGUUUCCAGUGUUGAUGAAUUAUUUUCAAGAAACACGUGAGAGAACAGGCAAGUUAUAAGACUGAAGACCCCUUAUACUUGUGUUUCUACCAAUAUCUGAAAGGAGACCUCCUGUUUAAAUCUGGUGGUUGUCCUGUGUAAAAUUCAAGUGCGAAUAAGUGACCUCUGUAACUACAUUAAACCCCCGGUAAAUCGAACUCUGAAGGGAAACGACAAACAGUUCGACUUAGCGCGUAAUUCGAGUUAUCGGAGUAAAUUUCAGUGAAAUUUUGAUCAAGGGAAAGGAAAUUUAGUUUGAGUUAGCGGGGAAUUCGAGUUAUCCGAGUUCGAGUUAUGGAGGUAGAUAGAUAGAUAGCCUUUAUUUUAAAACGAUGAGUAUUAAAGCUACAUGAGCUUGUGGGGUCGUUUGCAAUUAACUAAUUACAAGUAAACUAAAAAAGCUAAAAACUAGGGGUAUAUACAGACAAAAUGUUUGAACUAAAUUAACGCUUACAAAAUUUGUAAGCGUUAAUUUAGUUCAAACAUUUUGUCUGUAUAUACCCCUAUAUGUCUGUAUAUACCCCUAGUAAUAUGGAAUUAUGAGCAUAAAUUUAAGUAUAUACAAAGUCAUCUUUUCUAAAAUUACAAGUGGAUGCAGACGUUAUCUUAAAGCUGAAUUCAUUAAAAUUAGCUUGAGAUUUAAGCUUUAGCCUGAGAUCACGAUAAGGAAUGUUUUUUGUCAGGGCACUACAGUUGUUGGUCACUGCAUUCCAUAGGACUGAGCCUCUAAACGCGACAGAGUCUUUCAUGUAACGCGUGUUGAAGCGUGGAACAAUUAAAGAAGCGCAAGUCCGGGUUGAAUAGUUUGUGGCCCGUUUCUUAGAAAUCAGGUCGAUUAAUGUGACAGGUAACCUAUCGUGGAAAGCUUUAUGAAGACAGAUAAAAAUGGCUAAUUUAUAAUAAAUAGACAGAGUCGGCCAUUGGGCCAGUUGUAGGACAUCAGCAGAUGCCAUGUCUUUCGGCAAAUGAAAGAUAAGUCUCGCAGCCCUGCAGUGAAGUCUUUCCAGGGACUGAAAUAGGUCGGAAUUGCAGCAGGAUCCCCAUAGUAUAAGACCAUAGGUCACUGAAGGCAAGAUGACCUUAAAAUAGAGGUCCUGACGCAGGUUCUACUAUAUUCCCGGGGUAUCCAAUGGAUGAAAUCGAUAACCGAUGACAACUGGUAUCAAGCAAUACCAAUCGAUAUUGAUAAUCGAUGGCCAAUCAUUGGCGAAGAUUCAUGUGGUUAUCAAUUGGUAUCGAUUUUCAAUAACAAUCGAUAGAUAAAUAACUGAUAUCAAUUGGUAUCAAUUGGUUGCAGAUUGACAGAAUUGGCACAUAAACAUCACAUAUGCAGUAAUUGUAAACACAUUUCUCUUUAAUGCUUUUAACGUUAACAAGGGAACAAUACUCUCUUCUUUCUCUUCAAUUCCCUGUCCACAGUAUCCUUUUCGCAUUGACAACUCAAAAGUUUGUUCCCGUUCUUGCCUCCUGUCCACUCGAAUCCCAUGAAAACAGCAUUAACCGAAACCAGAAACGUCUGAAGUUUGAAAAUGCUAUCAAAAGUGGAAAACUAUUUAACAUGUCAGCACAUGGACCAAUACUACAGACUUCAAAAAACAGAAAGUGGUUGCAUCGUGCCUUCACAGAAAAAUUCUGUUGAAAGAAGUUGUAUUUUGGCAAACAAUGAAAUUGACAACAACAGCAGCAUUUUUAUGUUGUAAGGGUCCAAGCCUGACUUGCCUCCCGUACUUUGCACUCCUUGUACUUUUCCUCCCCUAACCCCUUUCUUUGAUUUCAAAAUAUGAAGCAUUGUUGCAUAAUUUCCCUCUAUUUUUCCCGCUUCCCACCCUGUUAGAACUCCCAACUCCUGCUCUUUCCUCUCUGUCUCCUCCUGUGCCACUCCUGCGCCCUAUUCUUCUAAACUCCCACCCCCUGUCCUCUCCCACUAAUAUUGACACUUCUAUAAGGACAGACACUUGUUGUUACUCCCAACAGUUUCUGCGUUAAAGAGACAUUACUGUUGUUCUUUGCUGGUCACAGAGAUUUAAAAAGUGUUUUUCUUUCACAGCCUGGGUUGGCUCUGUUGGAAUAGCUUGUAUAUUUGCCCUUGGACCUGUCACCAGCAUGUUGGUUAAUCGAUUUGGCUGCCGUCGAACAGCUCUGACAGGAGCAAUAACAUGCAUCGCCAGCUUACUACUGUCAUCUCUUCCAUCAAGUAUUGCUCUUAUGUAUGUGACCUACAGUAUUCCAUUUGGGUUUGGCAGUAGCUGCCUCUUUGUUUCCAGUUAUGUGGUGAUCUCCUUGUACUUUGAUAAGAGGAAGGCCAUAGCAACUGGAAUUGUGGCCUCAGGAACUGGAACAGGAGUGUUAGUUGUUGCACCGCUCCUUCAAGCCUUACUAGAUAAUUAUGAUUGGAGAAAAACGUAUCGCAUCAUGGCAGGAAUCUUUUCAGUUGUUUGUUUAUUGUGUUUGACUUUUGAUCCUGCGGUACUGAAGAGAAAAGUGAAAGAAACAGAACAGGAUGGGGAAGGAGAAACAGAAAAUUUAGCAGUGAAUCAUGCAAAAAAUGAUGGUAAAGAAGAAAUACAGAAAAAAUGGCUGAAUUUCUCUAUAUUCAAGGAAAAGACAUUUGUUGUAUUAACACUAGCUUACACAGUAGCAUUUCUGGGACAACAUGCUCCAAGAUUACAUUUGGUAAGUAAAAGUCUACUUGCACUCUAUAACUCUAAGCUUACAAGUGCCAGGGGUGUAUAGAAAAAAGCUGUUAGUGACUUGUGAUAAACUGCUAGAUUCUCUUUUUAAAUUGCCCUUUUUUACUUGUGAAACAAAAAGUGAAUUUGACAUCAGGGACAUUUUUCAUUAACCAAAAAAGCUGGAAAUUUUAUUUGGAUGGAUUAUUUGUCUAUCACGGUAAGAACGUGUUCCAUUUGACACAAGUUCCAUGCAUUCUCUCCUCAAAAUGACAGCACUCGAACAGGGUCAGCAAUUAUAAUCCCCGCCAAACUUAAUGAGGUUCAACUACAAACUCCAUGACUAUGAAAGACUUAAAGAAAGAUUUUUUGGUCCUGACAGCACAAUUAUAAUGAACAACAAGCGGCAGAAGAGAUCAGACUCAGAAGUAAAACUGAUUUCUUUUUCAGGGUUGUCAAAAGUAGCUGGCUGCUGGCGAAAAUUGCCGCCUACUCAGUUAGUAUCUGCUGGCUACUCUGCUUGGCAUUUCUUUACAGAUGAUGUUUUUUAAAAAAAAUAUCCCUGGACUGGCCGCUUACUUUGACAACUCAGCCGUCUACUUCAAAAUUUUCUGAAAACCCUGUCUUUUGUUUUCUGUUAAUUUAAGUUUGUUCUUCCACAUCUCUGGCCAUCUCUUAUGGUGGUAAAGUGGGUGGGGGUGAGUACCCAUCAUGCAUCACUUUUUAAAAACCACUUAUAAAUUAAAUUAUUAGUUCAUCCAGUCCAUCCAAAUAUUUUCUGCGACGACUGAAGUUGACUGCAAAGGGUUUGUGUGAAACGGCGGAGUCCUUGCAUUAAUGUGUCUCAGUGCAUAUAGAAUUGUAGGGAGUAGUGACAAUAGUACAACUGACGACAUUUUCCAAUGAUAAUUUUGCAGGUGAAAUUUGCUGAAGAUCUAGGGAUAUCAGCUGACUCUGCAUCAAGGCUGUUUAUUUAUAUUGGCAUCACAACAUUCAUCAGUCGCCUGCUCAGUGGAAUUCUUUGCAACAUGCGUUGUGUAAACUCAUUUUAUGUGUUCAUGUUUGGUUUCAUUCUAGAUGGCUCAUCGGUUAUCUUUCUUUCCCAAGCUAAGAACUAUGGACAUCUCAUCGUAUUCUCCUUUCUUUAUGGUCUGGCAGAUGGUUUUGUCAUAGGUACCUUUAAUAUUUUAAUACUCUACUGUGUGGAGCCAAGCAAGAGGGCAUCAGCGUUUGGUGUAAGCGCACUGUUUUAUGGAAUUACUACAGCAACUGGCCCUCCAUUGGCAGGUACUUAGAACAAAAUAAUGCUUCUGAUUGGAUAGUCUGCAAAAGAGCUUUAUUGUUAGGUUGGUCGACAUGGGCGAUGGAUUAGGGCUGGGCCACCCUGCCCCCUUUUUCUGUGAAUGGCAACACAAGUGUUCUCCCCCUUUCUGAAUUUUCUUGCCCACCCGUGGCAUGGGGUGGUUAAGUCAGUCUGUGAAACAGCACUGAAAUCCUUGUUCUGGGCCCUCAGCUGUGUACCAGGAUUUGAGUAUGCACCAUGAUUGGCCUAUUAAAUAAGCCAUUGUUGGUUUGCCAAUCAAGAUGAAAGGAAAAAUUCGAAACACAUUUCCGGUAAUUCGUUGAGUCCGUUGAGGGUUAUAAACAAGGAUAUCGGUGCUGCUUCAGGGCGCAGACGUUACUAACCAGUGGCGGAUCCAGGAGAGGGGCCCAGGGGGCUCACACCUUCCCUUAUUUUUAGACCAAACUGAGGUCCGAAGGCCCCCCCUUAUAAAGACCUUAAGAUUCGAGGACGAGACGAACGACUACGACUACGAGAUUUGACUUGAAGCUUUUUUGCGUAUACUAAUAAAAUAGACACUGACACCCCGGAAAGCUUCAUUGUCCUUUUUUUUCACCUGAUUGGUCAAUGAAGAUAUUACAUUGGCACAACACCGACCAACACGCACCACUCUCGGCUAGAGCCUUUACAGUCAAUAACAUCACGGCUUGACUGGUAGAAGCCCAUAACAUCACGACUUACUGAUUGACCAAUCACGAUCAGAUCAACGAUACAUGCUUUGACCUGUUGACGACUUGCGCAGGCACAUGUUUUUUGUAUUUAAAACUACUGACCACACCGUGGAGCAUUUGCAGCUAUCUUGAGACAAAAAUUAAUAAUGAUUGCCCGGGGGACUGAACACGCUUGGGAUCAACUGAGCCAUAUUAGAACUAUUUUGACAAUCAAUACUUCUCUUUUGUACUUGUAGGUUUUAUGGCGGAUCGUCUGAACACUUACGUACCAUCUUUUAUCUUGUGUGCGGUUGUAGAAUUUCUUGCUGCAGCCUUGCUUUUUGUUAUUAUUUGUGGUAAAGAAACAUCAAGAAGUCGCUGGCCUAUAGAUUGUAAUCAAGGUGACAGUCAACUCUGUGAAGUAGAGGAUAACAAUGAGGGUGUUACUAAUGGACAGCACAGUAAAGUUGGGUUGCCUGGCGAGACCGCAGAAAAGGAGUGAAUUAAUGCUGCCCUCAAGAAUCAGCUUUGGAAUCACUUUUGUCAGCGGUAUCUUUCAAAAGGAUCAACGUCAUUCUGAUUUAUCCAUUUAUAUGUUUACAGUCAUGAAAUCUGCGAAAACGGAACACAUACGAGCGAGCUCAAGGAUAGCGCGUCAGUCAAAGGCCGUGGACUGUUGCGAAACGUGAUUCUG